GUUGGAAGUUGCGAGCACUGUGCAUCUCGCCAAGUAUGCAGCAGGCAGCGGAAAUACCUCUUAUGCAAGGUGCAGCCGGAUGAGAUGCCUUCCUCUUGCUCGAAUGAAGUUGACCAAUUUCGGUGGGACGCUCGUAGGCACGCCGUAGCGUCAUAGAAGUGGGCACUUUAUCACCGGGAAACCACUCUGCGAUAAUAAAAGAACAAGAAACGUAGAAGUCCGGGUGUGUGUGUGUGCAAGGCACUGACAGCACGACAGAGCCUGUCGAAUCCGCUUUUCAGGGAAGAGACAAUGGGUUCCAUGGCAUUGCGGAGUAACUGGAAACCACGAGGCCGCCGCUGCCGCUGCCCAUCAACAACGGCCUUGUAUGCCCAUUAUACUUUCGAGAGGAGACAGAAGAUCCCCCCUCAGAACUUCCCAUCGGAUACGUGAUGUACUAAGAAGACGAAGUAAUCUGUCCGAGUAGCCGGCACCUUCUUUCGUCCCCGUAGUGCACGUUCGCAACGUGGGGCGGCGAAUGAGUUACCGAGUGCGCACGCUCCGGAUCAGUGCUCUACUGUUGCGCCGCGGUCGGGGUCUAGGUGAAACGCGCGUGGUUCCCGACUCCGGGCCACAGUCUGGGCGCGCGCGCCGGGCCGCUGAGCCCAUGUGUGCCAACACUGCUCGCUGCCGGAAUGCCUCCCGACGCACAAGUUUGCAAGGGACCUGCUCUAUCGCCAAGGCUUACCAUGUCCAGCUCCAUCGGCUGAUGUACUCUGCUAACAACGCAGUCUUCGCGGAAGAAAUGAUGUCUUUCGAGUAUGCUUUCAUCCUGGGCUGCGCCAGUUGGUGCCGAGCUUCACUUCCGCCAAUUAUCCAAAUCAAACCUCCAAGAUGAAGCCAACCCUACGGGCGACGUUCACGUCAUCGUCUUAAGGAGGCAUGGCCCUGCUGUCAGCAGUGGCGUCCACUGUCAUGGACCUGUGGACGCAACCGGACACAGAGGAAACACUGAUCACGCAGGCUACCGUCGUUCCCAGUGAAUCCACCCUGACGACGCUUCUUCCUUGGGAACCACCCGACAACUCUACGUCCACCAUCGCAGCGACCGCUGCUUUGCUUUGUCUCAACACAUCUAUGCAGAGUCCCUGCAACGACACUGCAGUGAACGGGUCGAGCACAGAGGAAUGGCGGCGACCGUUUGCCCUGUGGCAGACUGUCGUAAUCGGUGUGCUCAUCGGAAUAUGUAUCAUCCUCACUGUGGGCGGAAACAUCUUGGUGCUCACUGCGUUCGUUGUGGAGCGUGCCAUCCGGCAGCCCAGCAACUACUUCAUCGCCUCCUUGGCCAUGUCGGACUUGCUGAUCGGUGUAGUGUCGAUGCCUUUUUACGCCUUCUAUGUCCUCGUAGGCCGGUGGGAACUCGGCCCCAUACCGUGUGACCUCUGGCUGGCGACGGACCACACAGUGUGUCUCGUCUCCAUCUAUACUGUUCUACUCAUCACCAUCGAUCGUUACUGUUCUGUAAAGAUUGCGACAAAGUAUCGCAAUUGGAGGACUAGAGACAAAGUCAUUUGGAUGGUCGCCAUCACGUGGAUCGUGCCGUUCCUAGUGUUCUUCAUAAGCAUCAUGGGAUGGGAGCAUUUCAUCGGUUACAGAGACUUGGAUCCCGGCGAGUGUGCAGUUCAGUUUCUAAAGGAUCCGGUGUUUAACACGUCUCUCAUAUUUGGCUAUUUCUACGCUACGUUAGUUGUGUUGUUCAUUCUGUACGGAGGAAUAUACAAAACGGCGAGUGAUAUGCAAAAGAAGUCAGCGGCGAAACAAAAGAAGAUGCAGUCUCUCGUAGCCUUGGGACGGGGAGGUGCGGGUUCUAGACCAGGGGCUAGUUUACCGAAAUGUGCCGGUCCAGAGGCUCAGGAUACGCAGCAGCAACCUGAGACGACUUCCAUGACUGAAUGUCAGCAAAUAAUUCGAAAUCCUGAGCAAGGGCAACCUGGCAGUGGGGAUUCGAGCUCUAGCCAGAAGACGUCCUCCAACCGCACGGGCAACACAGAGACGACGAGCUUUUCAGACAAAGGAAAGGACAAUUCGGACCAAGAUAGGUCUAGCAGCCCCAUCUUUGAGUCGGAUGAAGAAUAUUCACAAGACGCAAGUACAAGACCACCAAAGUCAGAACACAAGCCGAGGAAGGUCAAGACCCACAAAACUGGGCCUAAAAUGGGAAAGAGAGCGUCGAAAGCUGGCGCCACCCGAAUGUCUAUAGUCGAGGCAACUCUGUUGAGGAUCGAGCCACCUUCUUUCGCCACAGGAAGAACAUCGGAGCUUGCCAAGCAACUUGCCUCUGCUCUUCCAAUGACCGAACACGCUGAGACGACGACGCGUUCGAGGCAUUCCUUUCAGCAGCAGACCUCCGUACCGCACCCGGACAGACGCCGGUCAAGCCCACAGCAACCUAGAAGAUCUCCGCUGAGUUCGCAGCAAAAGCCCAAUUCCAGUCGUCGUAGCUUCCAGCAGGACUUUUCAUUAAACUCCACGUCAGAGCCUAGUCUUCUAGACACCGAGAACAUCAUGACUCCAGUAACUCCUCCAGGUUCCGACUGUGGAAAUCCUUUUGUGACUAUUUCGCCGACAGAACCAUUACGGUCAAUAUCCCCCUCUGCAAAACCAAUUCCACCGGCGACGUUAGACGUACGGUCACAGUUCGAACCUCCCCCACCUGCAGUUGCCGACCACCUGAAAUUUAUAGACCAAGACACUUCCCUCGCCAUCGCGUCACCUAAGAGUGAUAACUUUUCUCUAGCAUCUUUGCCUUCGAUACCUUCGGUCGCUAGCCACGGCAGCACACCUCCCAUAGAUCUCCGGUCGCAGCUCGUUUCAUCCAGCACCGCCGUUGCCUCCGCGGCAGGAGUCCUACCCUUGCCCAAACCGACAGACGCGGUGGAAGAGAAACCGCCUUCGCUCCAGAAGAAUGCUGUCCCAGCAAAGUCCACGAAAUUCCUUACCCCACACACGAAGAACAGCAUCGUAGAAACGCAACAACUCGAGUUUAGUUCGGAGUCGAAAACGAUAACUCGGGUGGCCAAUCCAGAUGAAGCACGGUGCAUGAUUGAGGUGGAGCAGUCGCCCAUGGAGACGUUGUCUAGAGAAUGCUCGACGAAUCGUUCGUCGCGUAGUCGAACGUUAGUGUCUUCUUUCAGUAAGAAGAUACACAAGAAGAGGAAAAAUGACAGGAGGCAGAAAUCCAAGUCAGAAAACCGGGCGAGGAAGGCAUUAAGGACCAUCUCGUUCAUCCUCGGGGCGUUUGUGAUUUGCUGGACACCGUAUCAUAUCUGCGCUCUCGUUGAAGGCUUCUGUUCAGACCCCAACGGGUGUGUGAACUAUCAUCUCUUUUACUUCACGUACUUUUUGUGUUACGCCAACAGCCCCAUAAACCCCUUCUGCUACGCGUUGGCGAACCAACAAUUCAAGAAGACGUUUUACAGGGUACUGCGCGGUGACCUCCACAAGACGUAGCUCUUUCUUCUAGAGACAGCUUGGUAAUUUUUGGAUGUGGAACAAAAAGUAAGAUGUUUUAAGUUUUAGCUUUGCGUUAUAAACACUGUAGUGACUGUUUAUUCGUGUGAACACGUAUGUGUCAAGCAGGAUGAUAUGUUGAUAUGUGUGUCUGGUUAUCAUAUUCGUUCGUUUACAUGCAGUAAUUUAAUUACAGUGUACAUUGAAAUGUCACAUGACGCAUCCUAAAGGGCACCAGUACAGCCUUCUUGACAUAGCUUGAAUUCUUCAAGAGGAUUGGAGACAGGACACUCACUUAUGAAGCGCUUUUCUUUCUAAAGCCAUCAUUUCCAUACCGUAGAGGAUGACUUGCACCAAACCUCUAAAAUGUGGCGUGGUUGCUAAACUUCUUAACGCAGCUGUACGAUGUCCCUUCGAAAAACUACGCACCAGAUACGUGCGAAUAAAGGAUCUCAGUUUUUUUACUCCAACACGGGUAUCUUUCCACAUUGUUGCAGACGAUGCAUGACGUAUCCAGCGCGUCGCACGAGUGCGGCUGCCAGUACAGAAAGUGCUGGUUAAAGUAAAGCAGCAUAUUCUGCUUGUUGGUACGUGAUUAGCAUGUUAUAAGAACAACUGACAGGGGCACAGAGGAGACAAAACAACAACGCGCUGUGUUGUCUUGUCUCCUCUCUAUCCCUGUUUGUUGCGCUAACAACAUGUUGCUGGUUAAAGGCCGACGUAAUGGCCGUGGUGAGCAGUCGUGCAUGAACUGUAUUUCAGUUUAAUUGUAAAGUAAUGGAGCUGCCAUAAACUUUUCAAUGCGUAUACUAUUGUAUUGUACUAUUGUAGUGAGUACAUGCACCCUUUACAUUAUAUUGCGUUUUGUAAAAAAUGAACACGCACCUGCCCUAUUUGUAUGUGUACAUAAGAUCCGUCUGUGAGUAGAUUCUCCGUAAGCUCUGAACAUGUUUUCACACCAACACAAAUGUACUAAAUAACGUGAGAAACACGUAAGAAGGUCACAAUUUUUCAUUACAUUUUGGCAGACAAGGUCGUCGGGACUCCUUCCUACAACAUUCGAGCUAUCUUAAAAGGCAAUUCCACAUACUACUUUUUAACCGCACGCAAAAAUUUGCUGCUAGUGAGCACUUACCGCUUUGUACGGGUGACUACAUUCCGCCACAAACCUGGUUGUGAAGGUAAUCUCAUUUGGCGUCAUCGCGCCGUCAUCGCCGGCGUCGCGCGCAACCUGUAGCACGCAAGGGCUCAUGGGAACUUAUAGCGUCUUACAGCAUUACGAGACGGCCGGAGGCGGAGGUAGAAGAAGAACAACAACAUUCCCGGUGUGCGCAGCAGCAGCGUCAGCCGGGGAACCAUAACCGAAGCAGACGACGGAGCAGUGUCGCUUAAAGUUCCCAUGGUGCUUUGCGCCGCGCGCUUGGUGGCGCGCGCAUGUUUGUAAAAUCGUCUAUUACGUCAUGCAUCGACUGCACGAGAGGCAGAUCCGUGACAGCUGGCGUGCAUCGAGGUCUCGAUGUGGAGAACAAAAGCGGUGACGGAAGCUGCGCCGGAACCCUUUAACCCGUACUUCAUUUUGUAUUCAUGCAGCUCAAAGACGUGUCUGACGUGAUAUUAAUUUGACCGUUCCACCGUGAGUGUCCCUGAAAACUGCAGACACACGCUCAUCCACUGAUGCUGGAGUCGUAUUCCCAUGAGCAAAACCCAUAGACGUCUAAUUUCUGCAAUCUGAAGUCGGAAGAUUCCUGUUGCACAAAAUAUAUAUCAGAGUCUUCUUGCCGUUGACGUCACGCUAUGCGCCACACAUAUUUUAAAGCAACGCGCUGAGUAUAGCGCUCUGCGUUAUCCGACCUAUUGUUUACAGUCUGUCGCUGACAGAGAGUGAGCAUUGUGCCAUUGAGAACUUUUUUUAACUCUUCAGUUGCCAGAGUGGUCACGUGUAAAAUUAAAUGUGCUGAACGUUGAUGCAGUAGCCAGUACAAAAACAAAAAAAAAAAAGAAAGAAAGAAUGUCCUUCGCGUCGACGGUACAACGGGCUUCCGUGUUGCCGGCGAGAUAAUGUGUGCUCCAUAAUUUAGAAUACACGGAGCAAAAAACAGCGUUCCCUUAUCUCUUACAUGGACAAGAAUGGGUAAUUGGGUGCCGUCCUUGUAUUAACUUCCUAGGAUGCUUUUACCCGCUGCUCUCCCACUUUUAUUUUUGGAAACUCGAUCUUUGACUGUAUUUUUCAUUUAUUUAUUUUUUCUUCCGGACAUCAAAGUGAACAGGGCUGGAACGAUUGCUUGCAACGUUUUUAUCAUUUUGAUGAACAACUUCGGAUACUUAAAACAUUCGUAAAAAUUGCCAAGUACUAUGUCGUGGCGCUGGAUGUGAUUUAUGUGACAACCGCGAAGUGUAGACAGACGAAAUUAGAACAUAACUACAUGAUACUCUACGUUAGGCAAAUGGCAGUACACGAUCGUUGGGUAGGUUGGGUUAUUCAUCGAAACGUGUUCCAUGCAUGUUCUUAACUUGACGGCACCCAUGUGAAAUCAACGAUGUUAAUCACGUAAUGUAUUUACACCUAAGUAAUCGCCGUUUAGUGAACGUACGAGGGCUAGAAGCACCACUAAAGUUUACACCGCACCGGUUACAACAUAUCAGUUUGUUCUCUAUCGUUCUACUAAUCUAUUCAUUAAUAUUCGUGCGUUGAAUAGUAGGACAUGUGUAUUUCCUAUUUCGUAACUCGUAUUAUCAGUAUGUCCAAGUAGCAUCAUCUACACCUGGCUACUUUCAACGUUCAUGCCUUAGAACCUACACCUGACCGUUAAACCUUAUACACAUUCACUCACUGUGAAUCAUCGUUCAUGAGACAUUGCUUUCGUUAUGCCAUGUAGUGAAAGCACGGUAGCAGUGUACACUCUGUAGGUUAUGUGUCUGUCGUGUAAAAAACAAACAAGCCUGUGCAAAGUAUAGACGACAUAUUCAUGAUCAAGUCUUCCUCUUAUUGAUGGGCAGAAUCAACGCGUCACUUGUGGUUGUGUAUAAGCCAGAGGCCACUGCACGUAUUGAAAGUGUGGUUGCUUUAUCGGACUUGGUGCAGGGUCUCCUUGGAGCUAAACCGUUGAUUGAGGUUGCCCCACUGUUUCUUGGGGCGCAGUGAUGUGCAGAGGGUAUAGUCAGUAUUUCGUCGAGCUAUGUCCCGCUAUGUGAAGUGUGUUGUUUGAGCGCAUAUAUGGGAUACGCAAAGUUCACGUGGAUUUCGCCCUUUUCAGUUUCGUUUCAUCUUGUAUGCGAUUUGAAAUUUAAGAAAUUUGUGCGUCUUAUAAAUAUUAGCAGCAUUUCGAUGACA